CCUCGGGAGUGUCUUCUUUUCCGGCGCAGGCGCCGUCCAGAGUAUAUCGUACGUUGGCCUUCCUCUCUGGUCUUCGGUUUCUCGCUGCUCCGAUUCGGAAAUGGCGGUGUCUCUGGGCGAGGUGACUGCCAGCAGUGGUGCUAGCCGCUUGCGGCGGCAGCUGGAGUCCGGGAGUUACGCGGCGGAGGAGUACGUGAAGCAGCUGUCCCAGCAGUCGGAUGGGGACCGCGACCUGCAGGAGCACCGGCAGCGCAUUCAGGCGCUGAGCGAGGAGACGGCGCAGAGCCUCAAGCGCAAUGUCUACCAGAACUACCGGCAGUUCAUCGAGACGGCCCGCGAGAUCAGCUACCUGGAGAGCGAGAUGUACCAGCUCAGCCACAUCCUCACGGAGCAGAAGGGCAUCAUGGAAACCGUCACCCAGGCCCUGCUGCUGCAGGCCAACGUCGGCGAGCGGGAGGACCCGGCUGUCGCGGGCGCCCGGCGAGCUGGCGCCGCCGCCCCCCACCCCCCCACGAACCCUUUCCUGCCUCUCUCGGGCAAGGACGCCUCGGCCAACGAGGAGGGCCGGCAGCGAACUCUCACCACCCUCUUGGAGAAAGUGGAGGGUUGCCAAGACCUGCUUCCAGAGAGUCCUGGCAAGUACUUAGUGUACAAUGGGGACCUUGUGGAGUAUGAUGCUGACCACAUGGUGCAGAUCCAGAAAGUGCAUGCUUUCCUUAUGAAUGACUGCUUGCUGGUGGCAGCAUGGUUGCCCAACCGGCGGGGCAUGUACCGUUAUGAUGCCCUCUACCCGCUUGAUGGGCUGGCUGUGGUUAAUGUCAAGGACAACCCCCCCAUGAAGGAUAUGUUCAAGUUGCUUAUGUUCCCCGAGAGUCGCAUCUUCCAAGCUGAGAAUGCCAAGAUCAAGAAAGAGUGGUUGGAAGUGCUGGAAGAGGCAAAAAGGAAUCGGGUUCUCAGUGAGAAACGAAGGCUGGAACAGGAGGUCCCAACACGGGCUCCUCCAGUACCUGCUGAGACUACUAAUCCUUUUGAAGAGGAGGAGGAGGAGGAGGAAGUGGAGGCAACACCAGAAGAAGAAAUGGUGGAUCUGUCUCUAGAAUGGAUUCAGGAACUGCCAGAAGACCUGGAUGUCUGCAUUGCUCAGAGAGACUUUGAAGGGGCAGUUGAUUUGCUAGAUAAGCUGAAGGAAUAUCUGGGCGACAAACCUGUGACCCAGAUGGUUAGAGAGCUGCGAGCAAAGGUGGAUGAAAGAGUCCGACAGCUCACUGAGGUCCUUGUGUUUGAGUUGUCUCCAGAUAGAUCUCUCCGGGGAGGGCCCAGAGCUACCCGCCGAGCUGUUUCCCAGCUCAUUCGCUUGGGCCAGUCAACUAAGGCAUGUGAACUUUUCUUGAAGAAUAGGGAAGCUGCUGUUCACACAGCCAUCCGACAGUUGCGCAUUGAAGGUGCCACUUUGCUGUACAUUCACAAGCUUUGUCAUGUCUUCUUUACCAGCCUGUUGGAGACUGCAAGAGAGUUUGAGACAGACUUUGCUGGAAAUAGUGGGUGCUAUUCAGCUUUUGUUGUCUGGGCCCGGUCUACCAUGCGGAUGUUUGUAGAUGCAUUUAGCAAGCAGGUGUUUGAUAGUAAGGAGAGUUUAUCUACUGCUGCUGAGUGUGUAAAGGUGGCCAAGGAACAUUGUAAGCAACUCAGCGAUAUUGGUCUGGAUCUGACCUUCAUCAUUCAUGCCUUACUAGUAAGAGACAUCAAAGGAGCUUUGCAGAGCUACAAAGACAUCAUAAUUGAGGCCACAAAACAUCGCAACUCCGAAGAGAUGUGGAGGAGAAUGAACCUGAUGACACCAGAAGCCUUAGGAAAGCUUAGAGAGGAAAUGAGGAGCUGUGGUGUGACCAAUUUUGAUCAGUACACUGGAGAUGACUGCUGGGUGAAUCUUAGCUACACCGUUGUGGCUUUCACAAAACAGACCAUGGCUUUCUUGGAGGAAGCCCUCAAGUUGUAUUUCCCAGAGCUGCAUAUGGUUCUGCUAGAAAGUCUGAUGGAGAUAAUCCUUGUGGCCAUCCAACAUGUUGAUUACAGUUUACGGUGUGAACAGGACCCUGAGAAAAAAGCAUUCAUCAGGCAAAAUGCAUCUUUCCUCUACGAAACUGUUCUUCCUGUUGUGGAAAAAAGAUUUGAGGAAGGUGUUGGAAAGCCUGCUAAGCAGUUGCAGGAUCUGAGGAAUGUUUCACGACUAAUGCGUAUUAAUCCUGAAAGUACUACCUCAGUGGUGUGAAAUGUAAUGCCUCAGUGCUUUUCAUAUAAAGAUUGUAUAUACAUGCAUACACACAUACAAGCAGGCUUCUACUCCUGAUGGUUAUUAAAUCCAGUAAAACUCUCAUUAGUUAAUUAUGUUCUACAAAUAUAACAGUAUUAAAAAAGGAAAAGAAUUAAAGCAAAUAUUGUGGUUAGAAAGCUCAAAUAACAUCUUCCUUUUGAAGGUCUGAUGCUGGCAGUUUAGAUUUCAAGAGGUCAUAUGGUGACAUAAUCUGUUUAUGUUAAUAAAUAAUGUUAUAUGUAAUUAGGUGCUCAAGAAAAAAAAACUUCUAACCCUUUUUAGGAAUAUAAAUUAUGAGAUAGUCUGUUGAUUUCUCCAUAUUAGUUAGGGGUGUGCAGGAAACAGGAAAAAUGCUUUGAACAAUCCAUUGUAUUCCAAAUGUUCUGUUGAGCUGUUCCAGAUCAGCCAGAGUUUAGCAGAACCCAAACCCAGAAUGCUUUGGUUAUUCUGGGUUUCAGAUGAAACAGAAUCCAAAUGGGCCAAGUAGGGCUAGGUGUCUGGUAUCACCCCUCUUUCCCUUGCUCUCCCUUGUCUGUUGCCAGUAUGGCGUAUCUCACCAUACUGGGAACAGCUGAGGGGGAGGAAGGGAAAGAGGGGUGAUAUGCACCACGUACUGUCCAUACACACACCACACACACCCUUUUCCCAGUGCUUAUUACUUCAGCCACUGCCAGUGUCCCAGUAGGGCGUAUACUAGUGCCUCUUGCCCCCAUUCUCGUAGCACCUUCCCUCUCUCUUCUUUGCCACUGUUGACAUUCCAGAGUGGCAUACAGCCCUGGCCCACCUUUCUUGCUGAUUUGCCCAGGGCUUGCCUUCCCUCCAGGAGUCUGUUCUUAUCAUGUUUCCUGCUUCCCCCCAAAUCAUUUCUGCCUGAGAGAAAACAAUUCCAAUCUGCUAUUCACAGUCCAUCAUACCAAAACACGCAUAUCAGCUUGGGCAUCGGCCACCUAAAGCCAGCUAUUCCAUGCAUGGAACAUUUUAUACAUCCCUAAUAUUAGACUAUUUCCCCUUGUUCCUAGAGUAGCAGAAAUUGUGUGGGAAACAAAGCAAUCCUGCAGAAAUCCCUCUCAGAUGAUAAGGAAAUGCUAUAAAAGCUGCAGUCAGUAGUUCAGAUCAAAAAGAUCCAGCUUAAAGUCCUUGGAAACUCUAAUUCAGCAUGGGAUCCACACUUUUAAUGAUAGCAUUUCUAUUGUACAUAUACUUUUGGCAAUAUUAAAUGCUACUUUAAGUGUAAAAUUUUGAUUUUCAGUAAGUGAAACCUGAGUAAUUUCAAAUAAUAUAAUGGCAGUUGUCCCAAAAAGGUAACCCUGCCACUAUUUCUGAAUUUUGCUGCAGUUUUGCCACAGCUUCCUGGCAUCACUGAAGCCAAAUCUGCUUUAAAAAUAAAACUCUAUUCUUGAUUAGAAAUGGAAAGUGCUGUGACUAACUGCAGAACAAGCUGUGUUUAACAUGCACCCACAUCCUUUCAUACACACAUCCUUUGAAUUGCAAACAGUGAUGUUAAUUUGAGGGAAGAUACAUAAGCUGGUUCAGUUUCAUUAUGUCUGUAUGUGAUCAUCAGUGAUCAACUGAAAUGAAAUGGAGAACAGUUUUACAAAGUUAACAAAUCUGUAUUCCUGAAAAUUUCAUGCUAUGAAAAAUCACCCAUGUACAAUUAAGUGGUAAAGGGUACGACAUUUAGGGCACUGCAAGAAGAAAUUGGAUGGAGGGGAACCUGAGUUUAAAAAGUAUCAAAUAACCAGGGCAGUAAUCAAGGUGUAAAACUGUAAUAGCUUUUUCAGUAGUUUUGCACAUAGUGAUUAUGUUUAAUAUGGGUAGAGGGUUAGACUUUUUUUUCAUUUUAAGAAUAUGCUCUGCAAGGUUAAGGCCUAUUGAAUGAAUCCCUAUCACACAUUUACUGAUGUAGUGUAAUUAUCUAAUGGGCAUUAAGCCAGAAUUAAUAACUCCAGGGAAGGGCUCCAAUUUGUUGUGAGAACAGCCUUACCUUCAGUAAGAUGUAAAAUGAAAGCUAUGUUGAAAAUAUUAAAGACUGUU